GUACAAUGGGGCAAAUAAAUACAACCCGCCAAACACCACUUUCAUUGUAGAUCGUCGCUCAGGAGUUUUGUUUGGGUCAUCAUUAAGUACGGGUCCAUUUUGCAGAGAUGUCGACCUCGGCCCUCGCUCCAUCCUCGAGCGCCGUGGAGAAAGCUCAGCAGCUCCAAAACCGGCUUUAUUUCAUCCUUGAAAAGCUUCAGACCCUUGCUCGAGACUUGCCAUCGAAAUAUCAACAAAGAAUUAACCUCGAUUUGCUCAGCGGAAUUGCAAAUUGUUUAUUACACGACACAAUAUUCGAAAUUGUCAAAGGUCUUAAAGAAAUUCAAGAUGUGACGGAAAAACAUUUGUUCCAGACGAGACUUCAGCUUUUGGAAACUCAUCGAGUUCAGCGACAGCAUCAAAAAGACAAGGAUGGAAAAAAUCCAACUUAUGAAAAGGAAAAACUGAAAUUGGUCGCUCGUCAGAAAUUGGAGGUGAAGCAGAACGACAUGAAAAUUGCAAUGCAGCUGGACCAGAAAGUCAGUGACCAGCAGGUGAUGCUCGAGAAAGCUGGCGUUCCUGGAUUCUUCGUCAGCAAUAAUGCUGCAGACAUUAGGCUUCAAAUGUACCUCUUAGAAUUUAUACUUAAAUUAAGUGUAAUGCCAUUACCUCAAGUUUCUUUGGAUGACAGCUAGUUGACGAAUAUAUGUACAUAAAUAGCAUGUUAUUGACUUGUUUUGAACAUAUCACAUAUCAAAAGUAUUAUUAACUGAUAUAGCUGUGAUAUGUAUAAUAAUAAUUGCCUAUAAUUAUGAUGUCAACAUUACGGUUCCAGCGUCUGCUAAAAGAAAAUAAGAGAUGAAGUUUUUAAGAUUAUGAGGCUGACUUAUCUUUAUAGUUUUAACAGCCAUAAUUUCCUUCAUUUUUUUGACCGGCUAGUUGUACAAAAUUGGACGAGUCAAGCAACAACUAUGAUUUCACGACACACAUUAAACCAUUGUUUGUUGUGACACCGGAUAUGUUUAAAAUAAUUUUACAUACUCGUUAGUAGAGAUAUCUUAUCUUUGUUUAUUAAUCUAAUGAUUAACUUUGUCUAGACCGUAAAUGUUUAAUGUGAGACUGCCGUAGUCAUUGCCAAGAAAUUCCAGUUUGUAACUUUCGUCCGGACUGGUUAUACCGACAGACUAGCAAUAAACAUUGAAAUUAAAAUUUAACAACACAUUUCCGCAUUUCUUUUACCAGAAUCUUCAAUUUAUUUAGUCAAAAUGGAAAUCAAUGUAGACCCGCAUUACUUUCACCUUAUCGAAAGUGGUGCUAAAACCGUGGAAGGAAGAUGUGGCACUGAACGAUACAAAAAUCUGCAACCUAACGAUUUUAUCAUGUUCGUCACCGACGAUGAUAACACACGCCUCCCCGCAAAAGUGUCCCUUAUCGUGAAGUACCCCUCAUUCAAGGACAUGCUCACCAACGAAGGGAUUGAAAACUGUCUUCCUGGAGUAUCCGAUCUUGACGAAGGUGUCAAAAUCUAUAGGUCGUUCCCUGGCUAUGCCGAAAAAGAAGCGGCCUUUGGCGUUAUCGCGAUCCGAUUCAAACUUAUUUAAGCAAAAAAGCAGUAAGAGUUUCAUUCCGAGUAAAUCAUUUCAAAUCUAAAUGUUCUAAUAAAUUUAACUUUUCCAAUUUAUAACAAA